GAACUGGCGCUGAGGUUUUGUUGGGUGUUCGUAAUUGGAUACCAAAAUAGAACAGAGUUGAAAGCGGGUGCCCAGGGAGCUCUGCAAGAAAAUACAACCAAAAGGACAGGGUGUUUCGGGAUAAUGCCUCGCGGUUCUCGCCUUGCGAAUCGGAACAUGGAACGCUGCUAACAGCAUUUGCAUCCUGUCGUCUGCUUGCGCGUCGGCGACUUCACGGAGGCGACAGGUGCUUUACCUACCGCUAUUGAAUUGAUCCUAUGGAAGUGACCCACGAGUUCUGAACCGCCUCUCGGAACAUUUAUAAAGUGCGAAGAAAUCUCUACAGUUGGAUUCUCAAAGCCUCAACUUCGGACUUGUACCUUGUGGCGCCAAAGUUUCCGCAGACUUCGUGUUUUCGAAGGAUAACGCACAUCAAAGUCUGAAACAAUGGUCUUGCAGACGGAGUACGGGCUUACGGAAGAACAAGUAGCUGAAUUCAAAGAAGCAUUUAUGCUGUUCGACAAGGAUUCUGACGGAAGGAUAACAGCUUCGGAGUUGGGCAUCGUCAUGCGUUCCUUGGGUCAACGGCCGACGGAAGUUGAGCUUAGAAAUAUGGUGACGCUGGUUGACACUGAUGGUAACGGCACAAUAGAGUUCAAUGAGUUCCUGUUCAUGAUGUCCAAGAAAAUGAAGGAAACGGACAGUGAAGAAGAGCUUCACGAGGCCUUCCGGGUAUUCGACAAAAAUGGUGACGGAUUCAUCUCAGCAUCGGAGUUACGGCAUGUCAUGACGAACUUGGGCGAGAAACUCACAGAUGAAGAGGUUGAAGAUAUGAUCAAAGAGGCCGACCUCGACGGGGACGGCCUCGUCAACUACGACGAAUUUGUCACAAUCCUCACAGCACCAAAGUGAGAAUGCGGACGAGAGAUAAGACACCACCUCGGGAUUCCGCAGAGAGAGAGACCAUCAUCCGUUGCGCCAAUCUCGUCGUCCGCUGCGGAGAACAAUCAGAAGAGCAGUGUUUUUUGCGUACUCCUCGACGAUUCCUCCCAGCAUACUGAAGAAUACUCAGUGAUCGUUACGUGCUCGUACCUGGAGCCUCUGAGAUGUGCUCUGCCUCUUUCUAUAUAGGUCUCUUCCCCCCUCCCCCCCAAAAGCUCACAUCCGUUCUGUGUUUGUUUCUUUUACGUUUCAUUGUCCGACAUGCAGCAACACCUCAGCGACACGAUUUCCUGUGUGGUACAGCCUCAUUAGUAGCACCCAUCCAUUAGUAGUACCCAUCGAUCAGUAGUACCCAGAUUUCGAAAGCCUUCCCACAUCGUACGAGUUCUCCGGUUAACGCUUGUGUAACCUUACGUUCUUGCACAGAAAUCGUGUCGUCUUGAUUUUGGUGUAUUUUAGAUUAAGUUCCCUUUAUACCCUUGAGGAAUGUUCACGUAGGUUUUUGUUUCGUUUUUUGUUGUUUUUUUUGUUAAAAAUCGUCCACUUUAUUGUGUACAAAAACUCUCCAACGUUUAGUUAUAGGCGAGUUGCAGAGUUACCCGCCCAAGUAGCUGCAUGACGGAAUGCAAAGCAAAUGUCAGCUGUAACAUAGGCCUCUUGUAGGAUUUGUGCAAUCGCGCUUGCACCGUUCUCCAAGAUACAGCACCGUCAUCUCACAACAAACAUUUCGCGUUGUUAGCUGCUCAAGUACAACUAUGUAACAGCGAUGAGGUACGCGAUGCAAUAAAUAAAAGUGGCUCA